GAGUGAGAGUCGAGAGGGAGGGGAGGUGUGUUCGAGCACAGAGCGUCGAGCUGAAAGUCGGAGCAGGGAUCCGAGCGGUUAAAUAACCCGAGUGCCAGGGUCUGAAGGCCUUUGCGCCGGUCCGGACGGCCUGUGAGGAGGACAUGGGGGAGUUGGGCGGGGAGGCCGAGGCCCCGGCCCCGGCCCCGGCCCAGCAGCGCCGCGAACGGUCCCGGGACGCGGCCCGCAGCCGCCGCGGACAGGAGACGGAGGUGAUGUACCAACUGGCCCAACUGCUCCCGCUACCUCGCGGCGCCGCCGCGCACCUGGACAAAGCCUCCGUCAUGCGGGUGACCAUCAGCUACCUGCGGCUCCGGACCCUGCUCCGCUCCGUGCCAGCGGAGAGCGGUUUGGCCGCGCACUUGAAUGCCUUUUACCUCCGAGCCCUCGAUGGCUUCUUCAUGGUGCUGACGGAAGAAGGCGACAUCGUGUACCUGUCGGAGAACGUGAACAGAUAUCUCGGGCUGACCCAGCUUGCUCUGAUCGGCCACAGCAUCUUUGAGUUCAUCCACCCGUGCGAUGAGGAGGAAGUUAAGGACCUACUGAUGACACGCCAAGGCCUGACGGCAAAGCAGGAGGCCCAGGCCCAUAGGGACUUCUUCAUGAGGAUGAAAUCUACGCUGGUGAACGGGAAACGGACCGUCGCCAUCAAGUCGGCAACGUGGAGAGUGCUGCACUGCACGGGACACGUACAACGGUGCGAGGUGGAGCCCAAAUCUCCUUCAAGCCAGGUCGCCCCAGAGUCUCGGAUGGCCUACCUGCUGAUGAUCUGUGAGCCCGUCCCUGACCCCACCAGCGUCGAGCUUCUGCUGGACAGCAAGUCCUUCCUGAGCCGGCACGGCAUGGACAUGAAGUUCACCUACUGCGAUGCACGAAUCACCGAGCUCUGUGGCCACCGCCCGGACUUGCUGCUCGGACGCACCGCCUAUGAAUUCUACCACUCGCUGGACUCUGACCACAUGACCAAGACGCACCAAAUCUUGCUGAAUAAGGGGCAGGUCAGCUCCGGGCAGUACCGCUUUCUGGCCAAGAAUGGAGGGUACGUUUGGUUGGAGACACAAGCCACUGUGAUCUACAGUGGGGACAACUUUAAGCCUGAAAGCAUCGUCUGCAUUAACUACGUGCUCAGUGAGGUAGUAGAUGACACUCUCAUCCUCUCCCUGGACCAGAACACAAGUCACCAGGAGCCCGCAGUCGAUCCCGGGAAAACCCAGGAGCUGCUCGCCCAGAGGAAGGACAAUCCCACUGGCGUGGAUGAGCUGGCACAGAGCUGUGUCGAUAUCGUCAUCUCCCUGGAUUUAACAGACCGGCUGGAUUCGAGCGCAUUCCACUUUACCAGGAAGCUCUCAGAAGGCGGCGAGGAGCCUUUGAUGCCUGAGGAGUUCUGCAGCCCCGCGCUCUGCAAAUUACUCUCACCCAUCUUCAACCACCGGCUGGAGCCGAUACCCAGCGGUACGGAGCCAGGGCCACGGGACGGAUCCGCCCAGGCGGAGAGACGGGAGACUGUGGUCACCAGGUCAGGUGACACCACCAACUCGAAGUUGCAGGACAUGGACCUGGAGAUGUUGGCACCAUACAUCUCCAUGGAAGAAGACUUCCAGCUGAACAGCUUUGAGUCUUUGAUGGAAGGAACAGAGGGUCUGGUCUGCCCUAGUGAUCACCCAGAGACAGAGUCCAACAAGAGCGCCAGCAAACGGCAGGACAGUCGAGGUCUGGCCAAACUGCUGACCGACUGCAGGAGCACGCAACCUAAAGUGUUGAGCGGCUCGCAACCAGCGCAGCCUGAAGUCCUUGGUGCGGCAGGAGACCCCGUCAUCUCACAGCAGUGCAGCGUCAGCCCUAGUCAGGGCAAGAUCCAGGCGUACGGCCCCAGCAACCAACCCCUUGUGUUCGGAGGGCCGGGAUUUACUCCGACGGUGGAGAAAGCCCUCCGUGCGAUAUUCCAGCCCCAGGACACUGCCAGUCCUGUGGAGACGGGAGUCUGUGAGUCGCUUGGUACUGGGCAGGAUGCAGCAACGCCAAAGGCUGGAGUGGGGUUCGAGACCACUAACCAAUUGGACGCUGGAGGCACAGAGAGUGAGAGCAGCCAGCGCACACCAUCCAAGGACAGCAGAUCAUUCAGUGAGAAGAGUUUCACAGGAGACCAGAAGCAGCAAGAACUCCAGAUACGUGCCCUCUGCAGCCUGAAACGCAAGCAUGGUCCGGAGCACAAGAAUUUGCUGGCAAUGGAUAUUUCAGGAGUUACAGAUCAUCACAGUGUUGGAACAAAGCGAGUGAGGAACAUUGUAACCAGCGCGUCUGCCAACCCUUUCACUCCAACCCCACCAAUGAAACUGACCAUGCACCUGCUCCAGACAGAGGCUCCUGAGCCCCCCCGAGCUGGCUGCUAACAGAACACCCCAGGGAGCAGAGUCAUGAAAUCUCCUUGGACCAUGUCUCUCGAGGCCCUCGCUCCAACCACACAGAACCCCUUCUCUGGCAGACAUCCUCACAGACUUCUUCCUCUGCCUCAGAGGCCGAGGCUUGGCUUGGCUCCUAUGUCUAGCUCAGAGCCGAAGUUUCUCUCGGUACCACUACCCAGUCUUCGGAUGGAUUUAACGUGAAAACUGUGACCCAUAGAUGGGUGAAUGCACAAGGCUCGUGUACCUUCACUGAAGGCGGUACACACCAUUCAAUUUCAAGUUCGUUAUCCUGUACAACCAAACAAAACAACUUUUCAUUCCCUUGCCAGUUCGCUCCACAGCACUGUUCCUAUAUGUUCUCAUUCAUCCAGGUUUUACCACACAGCUACCUCAGUCUAAGGACAAACCUGAAAUAAAACCGUAAUCUACAGACAAUACACAGCAGGUCAGUCAGCAUCAGUGGAGAGAGAAAUGUUUAACACUCGAAGCUAAUGACUUUUGCUGGUAGCUCAUAUAAGACCAUCAGACACAGGAGAAGGAUUAGACCAGUCGGCCCAUUGAGUCUGCUCUCCCAUUCCAUCAUGGCUGAUUUGUUUCCCCUCCUCAGCCGCGUCCUCUUGCCUCCACAGCCGACUGUGGAAAUGAAUUCCACAGGUUCACAAAGAAGUUCCUCCUCGUAAAGACACAGAGUCUGGUGAAGUGAGGCAAAGCAGCAUCAGCUUCAUGGACAGUGUACAGAGUACACGGGAGGAGGUGCUUGCUAUCCUGGGGCAAACCUCCUGACAGGAUGUUCCCUUAGACCCUACGGGAGGCAAGUGCAGAAACUGCCGGGGCCCUAAAUCAUUCUUAGCAACAGGAAAGGCCACAGCAGACUGGAGGAUAGCUAAUGUUAUUCCACUGUGCAAGAAAGGUUCUAAACCAAGAAGUUAUAGUCCUGAGGUUGGGUGGGACUGCAACCCGAGGUCGUGGGUUACAGGUGAGAUGCUUAAAGAGAACAUAAGGGGAAACUUCUUCAUUCGGUGGGUAGUGAGAGUGUGGAAUGAGCUGCCAGUGGAAGUGGUGCGUAUGAGUUCUAUUUCAACAUUUAAGAGAAGUUUGAAUAGCUUAUAGGGAUGGAGGGCUAGAUUCCCAGUGCAGGUCGAUGGAUGUAGGCAGAUCAAAUGUAUUUCCUAUGAUUAUCUCUCUUCUAAAGGGAGGUCCUUAUAUUCAGAGGCUGUGUCCUCUAGUCCUAUUGGACACAUCCACUGUAUCUGGCCUUUCAAUAGUCACUUAGCUCUUUCAUUGUAGAGCUUAAAUCUGUCCUUAACAGCAGUGGCUUGCAUUUUGUCAUUAAUACAGUAAAUAUCCCAAAACAAGCUUAAGCACAGACAGCAGGGGUAAUAAAUAUAGAAAGCUGAUGAGCAAAUCUGUGCUGCAGGUACUUUGCUGAUUUGGCAGUGUCAAUGGAGAUAGAAGCAGGGGUUAAUGUUUUCUGUCACUGACACAGACCCGGGAAAGUAAGAAAACAAGUUCUCGAGUGGGAAGGGUUGAGGGAGAACAAGGUAAAUAUCUGAUACGCCAAUGUUUGUCUACCAAGAGCCAAAGCAUAAAGCCCAGACUCCAGCCAACAUAUCUCUCUGGGUCAUUGGGGCACGCAAGCCUUCCAUCCCAACAACAAGGUGGUGAUCCUCUUGGAGGUCAGGGACUUGAGGUCAUGAGGAAAGAUUGAAUCGAACGAGGGGAGGCGUGCAACUGAUGAGGGGUAUAGAUAGGUAAAUGCAACCAGGCUUUCUCCACUGAGGUGGGAUGAGACUAGAACUAGAGGUUAUGGGUUACUGGUUCAACAUCUGAUAAAGCCUUAGCAUUAUAUGCUCGGUUUUAUAUUCUGGUCCUCUCAAAGUGAAUGCUAACACCACAUUUGCCACAGACUCCAGCAUCGGUCAAGGUCUCCAUGGUGAUGGAGAAGGAGCUUGGUGAAGGGUCAGCCAGCCCUCAGCUCCUUGACCUUAACCCCCACCAGAUGCUUUGAUGAGUUUCUCCCCAUCCCCACCUGUCUAUUCCUGGAUCAGGUGACCACUCUAGAACUAGCAGUCAUGGGUUAAGGGCGUAAAAGGCAAAAUGUUUAAAGAGGAACUUCUUCACUCGGGGUGGUUAGAGUAUGGAAUGAGCUGCCCGUGAAAGUGGCGGAGCAAGUUCGAUGUCGUCUCGAGAGAAGUUUGGAUAUGGACACGGAUGGGAGGGGUAUGGAUUGCUGCGGUCCAGUCACAGAUGGAUGGAACUAGGCAUUUGGAUGCAGAGAAACGUUUACGAGGAUGUUGUCGGGGCUUGAGGAACUCAGUUGUAGGGAACGUUUGAAUAGGUCUGUGGACUAGGCCAGGGGUUCCCAACCUUUUGUUUUCUGCUGUGGACCCAAAGUUGGGAAGCCCUAGACUGGACGGACUGGAGAGGUUGUCUCUGUGCUGCUGUGCCCUGUAAGCCGAGCAUGUACUUGCAGAAGUUAAAACAGGGGCAAUGAUACGUUAUUAGAAAUGAAAUGCAAGUGCGCGUUACUGUAAUGUAAAUGGUCUGCAAGCUAUUCAAAGGAAGGUAGAGCAGCAAGAGGCUAGAAACCAGGCCUUGUGAGAGCAGAGGAGACUUGUGAACCCUUUCCAUCCUUCACUGAGACAGCUCUGAGCCAGUGCACAAGUGGACAGGCAUAAUGGGAGCAGAAGUUGGCAUCAGACCCACUCAAUCCUUGUCACCCUGACUCUUUUUCAAAUUCUACAGUGGUAGUCGCAACCCUGAUAGCAGAAACGUCUUCAUAUUUCCUGUAGAAGGUCUAACUGUUAACCAUGUGUUCCCAAGCUGCACAUACAACACUGAGAAGAAUUCAGCACAGAAAAAAGACCCAUCUGCUGUUCCUGUAGAAAUAUCCUUACUGUGUCUCAUGUAAUGUAAUAUCCCAUGGUGCUACAGAUCUGGGUACCAACAUUGCAGGAAAGCCUCGACAUUUCAAAGCGUUACACGUUGAUCCCCAGUGAACAAAACCCAGGAGAAAAUACCUUGAGGGCAUUAAAACAAGUAAUUUUUAAUUUACUUUUGAUUUUUUUUUGUUUCCUGGAUUUACAUGUAUUAGAGUUUUGAAAGUAGUGAAGAAUUAUUCAUUAGUUAUUGAGGAGUUUUCACAAUCUGAUUGGUGCAGGUGACAGGCUGAGGCUUGAUGGACAUAAGAACCGUCCAUUGUAAGGUGGCAUGGCACAGGAAGGGGGUGGGAUGAAAAUAAAACCUUCAAAAUGACCAAUAGUGACACACACAAAAUGCUGGAGACGGAUAAAGUGUUGGUGUGUUGGGCCAAGGCCAAACUUGUUAUCAAAGGUUCUAAGUAAUAGAAAAGAAUAAACGGUCAAUGUUUCGGGCCGAUGAAGGGUCUUGGCACAAAAUGUCAAUUGUUUAUUCCUUUCUAUUUACUCGCUGAGUUCUUCCAGUAUUUUGUGUGUUGCUCCGGAUUUCCAGCAUCUGCAGAAUCUGGCGUCUAUGCAUUAAUGAAUGUCAUGGGCUGGAAUAACUUACAAUCUGCUGUGAACAGUAAUUCCCUCUCACCAUUCACCAGAAUGAGAAUGGAACUCCCUUACCCCACCAACUGUCCUGUACAGGACAGGAGCUUCCAUUGCCUGGCCUACAGAUUUCCAAUCCAGUCUUAUUGAGUACAACAGCAUAAUUUCUCAUCGUAGGGCUGUGUCCGGAAUAAUAACCUGUGGUGUCAAAUGUUUUAAAGUAUGUAAUCUCAGUACUAAAGGAAAUAAAAUAAAUAUAAAUAUU